GGCAUCCUAUCAGUUGCUAGAUAAACUAAGGUUUCAGCAUGGUUUAAAGCUCAAUAGUUAUAGUAUAUGUCCUAAGAUGGAUUUGCUCGUGUUGUUCAACAAGCAGUCAACGAAGUUGUACAGAGUUAACGGAUCUUUGAUAUGGGAGAGGGAUCUCGCAAUAGACCAGUUAAGAUGGAGUUUCGAUGGUAAAUUUAUAGUGGUCUUAGAUAAAAUUAACAACAUUCACCUCCUUGACGUCAAAGAUGGUAGUACAUUUUAUCAAUUUGCUGGUGGUGAUAUAUGCAGCAUAGACGCGUUUAAAGUUGAAUCUCCAACACGUAAUAAAUCUAGAUUUACUUUUCUUCCAACCCUGAACGCCCUUCCUGAUGUCAGCAAAUCCAUUAACCAGCUUUUGCCAUUUAGGUUGCCAAAGAUGGAAAAAAAGGACGGAGAUUAUGUUAAGACGUUGAUUGAUAAAGGUUUUCCGUACAUUCCCAUUGAUUCAACAAGCGUAGCUAUGAAUGUACGUGAAGAAACAUUAAUUGAUAGUUCAGAAUCUAUCAUCGUUUGUCGAUAUAACAAACAAAUACAAAUUUACUUACAGUGCACUCUAAAAUUACCCCUUAUACCCUUACCAAAGUUGUUACAGUACGAUAAUAUGGUCAUCACGCCUCAGUUAGACAUCUAUACGUUGACACAUUAUGGUAAAAUUGCUAUUCCACGAGAUAUACACCAUUUGGGGGCACUAUCUAGUCAAUUAUCUAUGGUAUUAAGUUAUGCGCUGGAGGGUGUUACGCGUCUCACAAAGUUGUACGCUGAUAAUGGUGGACCCCGCUCUGAGUCGCUUAAAUGGAGCGAUAAGAUUGGAGAAUUCAUGAGACCUCAUUGCCCUGACACACCAGAAUUGGGUCUUAUACAAUUACUCUUAAUGGGCACUACAAGUAAAGGAUUACGUGAGUUUAUCAGUGAAAGUUUGACAGAUAGGACAUUGGAGAAGUGGUCAACAACUGUUUUAACGUCGCUCAAUCAAAUGCAGUCGUUAAUAUUCUAUAACAUUGUUCCAUCACUCGAGAGAUUGCUCGUUAUGCUCGAAGAACUACAAUCAAUAACUUCAGCACCAGAUCGUUAUCAGGACAUCCCAAUCAAUCACACGACUUUAGAUCAAAUCAUACGGAUUACAAUUAGUCUAUGUAAUAGAUUAUGGGACAUCACAGUAAUUAUAUCCAAUAAAGUUAUAAACUUUAGCGAAUUCACGAAGUUCCUCAAAUACCAAAUGGCAAAAUACGCAUAUUUUAAUCAAGAUGAAAUCGAUGAGGUAGUCAGUAUGCCGAAACCUGAAUUUGAUAUUAUGGCAGUCUUGCAAUACCUUCAGUCUGGAUUCGCGAUGAUUGAAUUGGACGAGUAUCUCAUCAAGAACGACCAUCCAGUAGCUUUCAACGAUGAGAAUAUGGAUGUCAAAGUUGACAUCAAUAAAGUUCUUGAGAAGGCCCAGAGAAACCUCAAGGAUGCUAGCCGACUUGUGGAAGGCAAGGAGACGAACGACAGGCGUGUUUCUGGUUCGGGUUUGCCAAUCAAGGGACGUCAUAGCAGAGGAAGACAUUCUGAAUCGCCAACUAACACGAAAAGACAGAGUGACUUGUUGUCUACAGUCAAUUGGCUGAGCGAGCAGCUUCAGUUGUUACUCUGCAAUGCUGUUGAUAAAUGUGAUGUGAGAAUAGAAUUAAAUGAGCGUCCUCAGAUAUCAUUACCUGAUACUAUACACAUUUUUAGAGAUUCUAUAGUGAAGGCUGAAAAUGGAGAAUUAUACCAAAACAUUGCAUACUCGCUCCCACUGAGUGAAGAACAAAACGAUUCAGAGAUUACGCUUUUGAGGUGCAAACUCGACAAUCAUUCUGACUGGCAAGUACAGCAGUUACAUUUACCUACCACCCGUGUAGUUGAUUAUGGUUACUUUGACGAUGAAAUACUCGUCGUUCUCGUAUUUGACAGAGAAAGUAGCGAUUAUGUUCUCGCAAACGUGCCAUUUAACAAUUUAAGUUACGAUGGAAGCAGGGUGGUUGCACCAUUAGACAAACAAAGAACGCUAUCUAAAGCUGAUGAACCAGUUAGUAGGCUAGCACUUAAUGGAUUACCUGGUCGUAGAAUAUCUGCACUUUCGUCUAACGACGGUUAUGGCUGUCUUGUUUUCGAUAUGGACGGCGACGAAAUGGAAUCUGAAGGAGAAGGGGACGAAGAAGAAAUGGAAGAAUAAAAUGCUUGUACUAUAUAUUAAUAAUAAUAUUUAUAAAACAGUCAUCUCG